AAACCAUGACCUGGAGGCAGUUCUCGGACCACGUUCUAAGAUUGUGGUUUUACUUGUGCUCUUGUGUCACUUCAGUUUAUAGCUGAAAAUGCAUAGAUUGAUCGUAUUUUGCUUUUCAUUUGCACUUUUGGCCAGUGUAAAGAGUGUGUUUCCACCACCAUGUGACAGUGAAAUAUACUGUAAUGGAUCCAUCUUGCAUCAGGUACAGACAGCUAAACUGUUUGAUGAUGAUAAGUACUUUGUUGACAUGAAGCUGAAGGCAAAGCCAGAUGAUGUUUUGUUGGCUUUUCACAACCUUUCAAGUAAAAGUCCACACUUCAUCGUCCCACCUGCCAAGCUGCGGGAGUUUCUCGAUGCGUACUUUGAGAAGCCAGGGACAGAGUUUGACACAUGGACACCACCAGAUUGGCAUGACAAGCCAAAGUUCCUGGGACGAAUAGCAGACCAAAAGCUACGUGACUGGGCUGGAAAGAUACAUAACCUGUGGAAGCCUCUCGGCAGAAAGAUCCGUGCCAGUGUUAAAGAUCACCCAGAGCUCUACUCGCAGAUAUACACUCCGCAUCCUUUUGUUGUGCCAGGGGGGCGCUUCAGGGAACUCUACUACUGGGACUCCUACUGGGUCAUCAACGGGCUCCUGCUGUCAGAGAUGACAGACACGGCCUACGGGAUGAUUCAAAACUUCCUCUACCUUGUCAACAGAUAUGGCUUCAUUCCAAAUGGUGGGCGGAUUUACUAUGAGAGGCGCAGUCAGCCUCCAUUCCUCACUCAAAUGGUGGAGAGCUACUAUCAAGUAACCAAGGAUAAAGAUUUCCUCAGAGCAGCUUUACCAGCUCUGGAGAAGGAGUACCGCUUUUGGAUGCAGAACCGCUCUAUGGCUGUGACGAUUAAUGGGACGAAGCAUGUACUGAAUCGGUAUCAUGUGCAGGUGGGCUUGCCCAGACCUGAAUCCUACACAGAUGAUCUGGAAUUAGUUGAAGGACUCACUGAAGACCGUAAAGAGCAAGUGUGGAUGGAUCUGAAAGCGGGUGCAGAGUCUGGCUGGGACUUCACAUCCCGCUGGUAUAUCGAUGGUGACGGCCGCAACAACGGCACCCUCAGAGACACCCGCACCAGUCAAAUCCUGCCCACUGACCUCAACGCUCUGCUGUGCCUCAACGAGAAGACUCUUGCUUCGUUUCACAGGAUACUGGGUGAUGGUGACUCAGCUGCAUCGUACGACCAGGCUGCAGCCCGCAGACAGGGGGCGAUGGAGUCUGUGAUGUGGGAUGCUGAGAGAGGAGCCUGGUUUGACUACAACAUGAUGACGCACUCGAAACACUCUGAGUUUUACCCCUCCAACCUGGCACCUGUUUGGGCACAGUGCUAUUCUCGGCCUGAGAUGGCAGAGAAGGCAGUGCAGUAUCUGAAGGGGAGUGGUGCUCUACAGUUCCCUAACGGAGUUCCGACGUCACUGAGAGAGUCUGGGCAGCAGUGGGACUAUCCUAACGCAUGGCCUCCUUCACAACACAUGCUCAUCAGUGGUUUAUCCAAACUGCCUUCAGAGGAUGCUAAACAGCUAGCAUUUGAUUUGGCCCAGCGUUGGAUCAAGACAAACUGGUUGGCGUACAUGAAGUAUGAUGCCAUGUUUGAAAAGUAUGAUGUGAACGGAGAUGGCAAACCUGGCGGUGGAGGAGAAUAUGAAGUUCAGCUGGGUUUUGGUUGGACCAAUGGCGUGGCCUUGCAGCUCCUGGAUCAGUUUGGGGAGACCCUCACAGCGAGAAGCGGACGUGUGUCUUCUGGUCUCCUGCUGCCUCUGGUCAUCUCAGCCACCCUCAUGCUCCAGUGAAUCAGAGGUGACAACAGAGCCUGACGGGAGGUUGGAUUUUAUUAUUUGUGCUUUCACUGCACUACAUCUCUCCUGUCCACUGACAGACUUCAGGCAAGCACUACAUGAUACUAAAAAUCUGAUAUUUUACUACAUCCUUUAUGAUAUGAAUCGCUUUUAUUUGCAGAAGGAGCAUAACUGAUUCUUAUGAUUAAUAAUUUAGUAUUUAUCCUUAGCGAUACGUGAUUUCUGGCGUUAUUAGAAGAUGCAGAUCAUUUAGGCACUUCUGGACUCUCUCUAUUCAUGCAGGCUGUUAGUGCUCGCUGCUGCUGCUUGGAUCACAACAUUAAAUUGUCUCAGAUAUUGAACCGACAUUACAAAAAGUUAUUCACCUAAUUCAAUUAUAAAGUUUAUUGCUGUUCUGUACUGUACUGUACAGCAGUACUAUACCCAGUGAUGCACUCUAUUUGCAUGCAAGUAGAGUUGGACUGUCAAUGAGCUCAUGUGAGAAAUAAGAUGUGAAAUGAAAUGCAUUAAUGAUGUUAAAAAUAUAGCAGUCUUUAUUAUAUGUAAGUCUGCAAGACACUGUUAUCAAAUUUUUACAAGUCAAUCAAAGAAUUUUAGAGGGCAUUGGUGCUACAACAUCACAUGGUAAAUACUGUGUAUUAAUGAGUUCCUGCAUACCGUUAAUUUAACAUGCAAUGUUUUGGUUAUGGUCCUUCUUCAGGCAUAAAGUCUCAUUUUCAAUAAACAUUGCAUGUUAAAAAUA